AUGCCUGUCAUGAAGGGCCUCCUCGCUCCACAAAACACCUUCCUGGACACCAUCGCCAACCAUUUUGACGGCACCCACAGUAACUUCCUGCUUGGAAAUGCCCAAGGGCGCCAUGGCUACCCUAUCGUGUACUGCUCUGAUGGCUUCUGUGAGCUGACUGGCUUUGUUCGGACUGAGGUGAUGCAGAAAACGUGUACCUGCAGCUUCCUGCAUGGAGCCGAGACCAAUGAGAGCAUAAUCCAGCAGGUGGACAAAGCUCUGGAGGGCCAGCAGGAGUUCCAGGGAGAAGUUUGCUUCUACAGGAAAAAUGGAAAUCCAUUUUGGUGCUUGCUGGAUAUUGUGCCCAUAAAAAAUGAGAAGGGUGAGGUGGUGCUGUUCCUCCUAUCCUUCAAAGAUGUCAGUGAGACUCAUGGGAAAAGGCAUCGCUUCAGCCAAGGAGACGGUAUGUCAGAGGGUGCACAUGAGACAGUCAAAAGCAACAGAUCACAAUUUUCCCAAGCUCGAGAGAGGGGGAGGACAAUCUUGCAGCACCUCAGAAACCUGUUUCCAAAGAGGGGCAAAAGGAAAAUGGCCAGCAGUGUGUUUCAGAAACCGUCCCUUCCUGAGUAUAAGGUUGCAGCUGUGAAGAAGUCACGUUUCAUCCUGCUUCACUACAGCAUCUCUAAGGCCUUGUGGGAUUGGCUUAUUCUACUGGCGACCUUCUACGUCGCUGUGGCCGUGCCCUAUGAUAUCUGUUUUGUCAGCCAUGAUGAGGGCAGUGACCAUCACUCGUUCAUCAGUCGCAGCACUAUAGGCACUGACAUUGCUGUGGAGAUGCUCUUCAUACUCGAUAUCAUCCUGAAUUUCCGCACCACAUAUGUGAGUCAGUCUGGUCAGGUGGUGUAUGACGCUCGAUCAAUCUACCUCCACUACUGCACCACUUGGUUCUUUGUUGAUCUGAUCGCUGCUCUGCCCUUUGACCUUCUCUAUGUCUUCAACAUCACAGUGACUUCGCUGGUGCACCUGCUGAAAACAGUUCGUCUUCUGCGUCUGCUGCGCCUUCUCCAGAAACUAGACCGCUACUCCCAGUACAGUGCUGUGGUUCUGACCCUGCUCAUGUCUGUGUUUGCUCUGCUGGCUCAUUGGAUGGCCUGUGUGUGGUAUGUGAUUGGACGCCAAGAGAUCGAAAGCAGUGAUCCAGUUACCUGGGAUAUAGGUUGGCUUCAGGAACUGGGAAAGCGUCUGGACACGCCAUACAUCAACAGCACCAUGGGUGGUCCCUCCAUGCCAAGCGCCUACAUCGCCUCUCUCUACUUCACCCUCAGCAGCCUCACCAGUGUCGGUUUUGGCAAUGUGUGUGCUAACACAGACGCAGAGAAAAUCUUCUCCAUUUGCAUCAUGCUCAUUGGUGCACUGAUGCAUGCAGUCGUGUUUGGAAACGUGACAGCCAUCAUCCAGCGCAUGUACUCCCGGCGCUCUCUCUAUCACACCCGGAUGAAGGACCUAAAGGACUUCAUCCGGGUGCACCGGCUUCCUCAGCAGCUGAAGCAGAGGAUGCUGGAGUACUUUCAGGCCACCUGGUCGGUCAAUAAUGGCAUCAAUGCCAAUGAGCUGCUGCAUGACUUCCCCGAUGAGCUGCGCGCUGAUAUUGCCAUGCAUCUAAACAAAGACAUCCUGCAGCUGCCUGUAUUUGAGCGAGCCAGCCGAGGUUGUCUGCGCUCCCUCUCCCUACACAUCAAGACGUCUUUCUGUGCACCAGGAGAAUACCUCAUACGCCACGGAGACGCACUGCAAGCCAACUAUUUUGUCUGCUCUGGCUCCUUGGAGGUUCUCAAAGAUGGCAUGGUCCUGGCCAUUCUGGGUAAAGGUGACCUUAUUGGGGCAGACCUCCCAGAACAGGACAAGGUGAUCAAGACAAACGCAGACGUGAAGGCACUGACCUACUGUGACCUUCAGUACAUCAGUGUUAGGGCUUUGAGGGAAGUCCUCGGGCUGUACCCAGAGUACGGCAGCAGAUUCAGCUCUGACAUUCAUCAAAACCUCACCUACAACCUGAGAGAAGGCAGUGAUACUGAUGGUGUAACAAAGUUUCAGUCGUCCACCAGGCUGUUGCAGGCUCGUGGCUCCGUGGACCAUAAACUGCCCUUUAUUAUUGAGUCAGACGACGCUGAGCAUGGAGAAGACGUAAGACACUUUCAGCAGAAAAAGCUUCCUCUUUUACAUGAAACGGGCAGCCCAGUCCGUCAGCCCUACCUCAGCAGCCUGUUAGGGGAGGAGCUCCGCCACAUUAAUGCCCUACGGCUCUGUCGCUCACCCAUUCAGGGUGGAAGAGGCCGCAGCCCCUCUCCUCAGCCGUUCCUCUCUGAGGAGCUCUCUCCUCCUUCUCUGUCAGGUCUUACGGGGGACUCAGGGUUGAACCAUCGGCCUGCAAAGCUGCUCAUGCCAUCCUUACCUUGUGUUAGUCCGCUGAACCUUAGUCCAAGGGUUGUGGAUGGGAUUGAGGACAAUGGGCACACUUUUCAGUUUAAUGUGGAGCAGCAGGACACAAAGACUAAUGCAACAGACCGCUUUCAGAUGAGUGCUAACCUCCUCAUAGAGACGGAAGAAGUGAGACAGAACGUCAGCACUCUAAAUAAAGAGGUGAACAGCUUGAAUGAAGAAGUAUCCAACCUGGCCAAGGAGCUCCAUGACAUGAUGCAUUUCCUACAGUCACACAUGGCAAUGCUCCAGUAUCCCCCCAAAGUUUCUUCAUAUUAUAAUGGCAUCCAAAUGUCACCCACUGUUACAGCCUCCAGCAGCUGGCAGCCUCAUGUCCCUUUAAACAUUGCCACUGGGCUGCACCUCCAUCAUGAAGCCAUCACCCACCCUGCCAGAAACAUGUGGGGCUGCAGUGGGAUGUCCUCCCAAGCCAGGAGUUCAAAUUUGCUGCACUCAUCAAGCCCCAUGUCAUCGUGUUUGCACCUGUGCUGCUCUGACAGAGAAGGGAAAACAGCACACAGGUUACAGGGCCAGCAGUGUAGCCCUUUCCAAACCUCCAGAACCACACCAAACUCUCCCUAUAUGACCCACCAGCAUGCCCAGGCAGGACCGUCCCUUCUCAGUCCUGCCUUCGGCACUUUCCCGGUGGUCUGUCAGGCUCCACAGUUGGCCUACAAUGCCUCCAUUCCCACCAUCAGCAACUCUCACCCACUGUGUUCUCCUAUAAAUUCCAUCUAUUCAUCUCUGAGUGUCCAAACCAGCUCUGAUGCAACACAAAACCAGACCAACUCCCAGACUCCCAUCCAUUCCUCCAACACUCCCUCUGGCCUGCUGCAGUAUCAAACCACUUUCAGCUCUCUGAGCCCUUUGAGAGUCCACACAGGCCACAAUCAGAGCCAUCAGGGGGCCAUCAGUGGCCCCAGGCAGGGUGACCUGGUAGGAUCUAGUCCUAUUCAUCACAUACAGGAUGUGUCACGCUCUCUUCUGGGGCAGGUGACAGACAGAGACUGUAGAGCUUCUCUGUAUCAAGAGAGGAUGGACAAAUAUGACUAUCAGGACAUGAGCAGCAAUGCUCCAACUGUAGAAGUUCAAGCACCUCUCUUUGACAUGGAGGGAAUACAAACGCCACAAUGA